AUGGAUCUCGUUUUUUUAUUCUUCUCCUCCUCCUCCUCCUCCUCGUCACUUUUCAACUUCCCGCCCAUUCAAUGUUGUCUUUGCUGGGCGUUUGCUCGAGUUCGUGUUACAUUUUUGACUGGAAAAGCUGCUCCCACCUCACAUGUAACCAUGCGCUAUUCGACACACAAUAGCAACGAAAUAACAACACUGUCUAAGGCCAUGGAGUAG